AUGGCCCGGACCGGGUCCGGGACGCUGCUGUGCCGCCGGAACGUGCGGCUCGACUCGUUCCUGAAGCGGAACACGGAGCGGGCGGUGUACGAGCGGAUCCGAGCCUACGAGCCGUGCGUGGUCCGGUCCGACACCGUCAACAAGGUGUACAUGCACGUGGUGCUGAGCGACCAGAAAGUCUACCUGGCCGAGUACCCGCCGCGCGCGCUCACCGCCGCCGUCAGCUUCGGCCGCGUGCGCGACAUCGACCUGGUCAACGACCUCCCAGAUUUCCUCAGCGGUAAAGAUCGUGAGCGCUGCCAGCACAUACGAAUCGUCUACGUGGCCGAUAAGCCGCCCGCGAAGGGACGCGAUUGGCUGGGGAGAGACAAGGGGGAGGAGCUUCCCCCCGCGGCCCCGCCCACCCGCAGAGCCAGCUACUGCCCGACAACAGACACCUUAGAAGAGGCAGCGACGACCAGCGGCCAGUGGAAGGAGGAGCUGCUGCCGAAGCUAAAGCCGACCCGUUCUGCUUCCUGUCCAGACCCAGAAACUCUGCGCCUCCCGAAGGUUCCUCACCCUCCCACCCAGCCUCCCUCCAGCUCACCCACAUCACCUCCGUCGCCCUCGGAGCAGAACCUGAAGAACGGCCAGGUGCCGAGGACGUUCGGUUCGGUUCUGUCCCGACUUCUGAGGCGAGACUGCGCGAGCGGCGAGGAGGAGAAGGAGGCGGAGCUCCACCUGUACGCCGUGUCGCAGACGUCCAGGCUUUACCUCCACCUGCAGAGCGCCUGGAACAGCUUCCUCAUCAGGUCGACUCUGCUGCUGGAUCCUCUCUACAGAAGGAGGUGCAGCGCUUCAUCCGACUCCUCUGCUCCUGCAAUCAGCUGGGAGCGGACGGCUCACCUGUUCGGUCAGCUGAGCUCGGAGCUGCUGCAGGACGGCAUCAGCGUGGAGAGCUUGUACCUGCUACUGCAGGAGCUGAGAACCGCCGCCCACCGCAACGCCACGCUGAGACGACUCUUCUGGAAGUCCGGCGACGUCGGCGAUUUCCUGGUUCAGACUCUGGAGGAUUGUCUGCACGGCUGUCAGAGCCCCAGUGGAUCGUACACAGAAGAUCAGCUCCUGCUGAGCACCGAAGUCGUCCAGACGCUCGCCGUCAUGUUCAGAGAGACGGAGGUCGAAGCCGCCAGAGUCAACCUGCUGUCUGCCAAAAAAGGAGCUCUGGCCUCCCGAAUGCUGCUCGCCUUGAUUUGUGAUCCACAGCUACAAACUCAAAGCCGAGGUUCUCCGAUGGACUCCGAGCUUCAGGCCUUACUAGCCGAGUAUCUGGACGCCGCCUGCUCUCUGCUGUUUGAGCUGCUGCUUUUAGGCCACGAGACCAACAGGUGUUCCUCUGCUGACAACAAUUUAUCAGUUGGCUGGAUGUUGCGAGUCCUGCAGCCUCAUCCUCACCUGUUGUCCUUCAUUGGAUACCAGGCCCAGCAGGUGUUGCUGGUUCUGUCAGACCAGCAGGAGUCGGUUCUGAGCCCCGUUCAGUCCGUCCUGCUGUUCCAGCGCUGUCGCCUCCUGCUGGCCUGUCUGCAGUACAACAGCCAGCUGGCUCAGCACCUGCGGACCAACUUCAGAGAAGAGUUCAGGUACUCGGUGAAGCCGUCGUGUGCUGAGGAGAAGCUGCCGUCUCAGUAUCCGAUCAGCCGACCGACUCUGCGACUGGUGGAAAAUAUUCUGACUCUCAUGCUGCGCAGAUGAUCCAACACGAAUGUGCUCUUACGACUUUAUACGUGUUCAGAACACGCCGACGGACGGAGGACUUUGGAGAAAGUGUGCCUUUACAGAGUCUGAGCUGUACGGCCGAAGGAACGUCUACGGAAAGUUUCUGUAUUUUCAUUUACUGACUCUAAGGAGAGAUAAUAUUUAUAUUACAAAGACAGUGCUGCAAGUCUGUCCCCUGUUAGAAACUAGCAGGACGGGCGCCUGGAUAGCUCAGCGGGUAGGACGGGCAACGUACAGGGGCUAUAGUCCCCGAUGCAGCGGCGGCGGUCCGAGUCCAGCCAGUGGCUCAUGCAGGUCAUUCCCUCACUCUCCUCCCCAUGUUUCUCUGUAAC